AUCAAAUUACUGAUUUGGGUUUGAAAUUUUCUAGUCUAGCUUAUCUUAUUCAUGCAAUGGAAAUCUUUGUGCAAAAUUCGGAGGCCGCGCUGCUCCGUAUUUCCGUUCCCGGAUUUGUGUUAUGGAACAAUCAAUCCUGGG